UAUGUGGUCGAAAGCGCGAUUGUUUCAUUGCCUUAUGGUGCGUUGCAAAUAACGGACGCACUGUACGCGAAACUCGCCGGAACUAACAAAGGAGUAUGCACGUACAAAUCACCAGUUGAAAGACUUAUCCUCAGAUACAUCAUGGAACAGGUUGAUUCGGCACGCUUCACAGCUCCUGAAGGUUUAUUCCAACCGAAACGAUGGGGUCUCGAUAUUAAAGCACUUCAUCAGCUGGUCUUCGAAGCCGUGCAGUUGGCACCAAUUGAUAGCAGAAAAACGUUGCUCAGAAACAUUUAUCUGGCUGGUGGUGCUUCAUUACUUCCUGGCCUAGCGGAACGUCUUGAGGUCGAAUUGAGCACACUUGCAGCACCCACCAUUCACGUACAGGUACAUGUUUCACCAUGGCGUUAUAACGCCGCUUAUUUGGGUGCACAAGUAAUUGCUUCAAGUACACAGUUCGAAUCAACUUGCGUGACUUUGGAGAAUCUUGAUGAAUUUAUUGAACAACUAAACAGUGCAGCUUUUUGA